AUGAGUUUACAAACCACACUGAAUGAAUCCCAGCCGAUCAAAUCUGAUCCAUUUGCCCCAUUGGACUCAUUUGCCAUAUCCUAUGAACAUCCGUUUCCCACAUUCGAUUAUGAUGGACAGUGCGCAAAACGUUUGAACAACACAUCACUGGNCUCCGGGCUCCCAUAUCCUUCGUCCAUGUCGCACGCGUUCAUACCGCCUCGUUGUUUACCGUCAAAGAAAUCGUUGUUCGAUUUCGACCACCACGAAUCAGGGCGAAACAUGAAGAAAAUGGACAACAAUUCAUCAACCGGUCCGCAGUCUGUGAAAAAGUGCAAUGGCAAGGUAAUGGAUAGUACAAUUUCGGGCGGGACAGCGGCGGUUCGCCACAGAACCACUGGCGCAUUAUCAUCCAACCCGGUUCGCACCAAGUUAUCGGGCAGUGGACGCACCGGAACGGAGGUAAUGGCUGGGCCUUCCGGUGGCGGAAGUGGAAGUCGUGAAGCACCCAACAAGCGUCAACGACGGCAGCGAACACAUUUCACGAGUCAACAAUUACAGGAAUUGGAGGCCACGUUUGCCCGAAAUCGUUAUCCGGAUAUGAAUUUGCGUGAAGAGAUUGCCACUUGGACCGAACUAUCGGAAAGUCGAGUUCGGGUAAGUGGGACGAAUCUGACUUGA